AUGAUAUUUCGGAUUCCAGUUACAAUUCUUGGCGUACAAGAAAAGUUUCUCAUUGUCUGUAGAGAUGGUCAGGAAACUGUACAAUGGCUAUGUGAAAUUGCUUAUCAAAGAUACGCUGAAAAGCAUAAAACUAAAACCGUAAAUUAUUGCUUCGUGGCUCGUCGUAUUACUGAUGGAAGCUUAUUAUCACUUGACGAUCAUGUUGAACAAGUAUUAGCCGAUAAUGAAGCGAUAGAAAUCGAUACAACUAAACAUAUGAACGAUGAUGAUGACUCAUUCAAUGUAGCUACCGAUGAAAAACGCCACGUUGUACGAUUAGAUGGAUAUCAUUUAAAAUCUAGUGAUCUUGUCCGUCUUGGUACUGGUGACUAUCAAAUCGAGUUACCCGAUGAAACCUGGACUGCAGUUCGUAAAGCACGAGAAGUUAUUG